AUGGCAAGUGAUAAGGAUAAUAAUAAAGUAGAUGUCAUGUUGUAUGAACCCCUUAAAAAUAAAGAUUCUAAUAUCUUGGAGAAAUGUCAACAUAUAAAAAAAUUAAAUGAAGAAAACAAAAAGGAAAAAAUAAUUAUAGAUGGACAAGAAAAUAGCUUGGAUGAGAAAAGAAAAAAAAACAUAAUAAAAAAUAAUGAAGAUAUAUUAAGAAAUGGCAAUAAUAAUAUGAAAAAUGAUAAUAAACCUCAGGUACAUAUAAAUAAAGGUAUUACUAUAUCUGACAAAAAAAAUAAUAAAAAUGAUAUUUCAAUCAUAGAAGAAUCCAAAAGAAUGGAUCUAAUGUCUUCUUAUGAUGAAGAAAAAAAAGAAAUUACAACAAAUGAAAAGGAAAACGAUGUGAACGAGAAAAAAAAAAAAAACAUAAUAAUAAAUAAUGAAGACAUACUAAAAGAUAAUAAUAAUAAUAUGAGAAAUAAUAUACUUAAUAUGAAUGUAAAUAAAGAUGAAAAUAUAUUAUCUGAAAAAGGUAAUAAGACAGAUAUAUCAUCUAUCUUAACAGAUGAAAAUAAAAAAAAACAAGUUUCCUUUUUUUCACAGGUAGAGAAAAAUAUUAUUCAACAAUCAAAAGGAAAUAUUGAAAAAAAAAAAAAAAAUAUAAAUGAAGAAAAAGAAGAAAAGGAAGAAUUAUAUUCUAAAGAAACAACUAAUAAUAUAUUAUCUACAGAACAAUUUAAUGAAGAUAUUUCAAAUACAAAAAUUUUGAAAAAAAAUGAAAUUCAUAAUAAACCUACUGAAAAAAAUAAUAUAAGUGUAAAAGAAAAAAAUCAUAUAAAUACAUCUUCAAAAAGUAAUAUAUAUAUUGUUUGGAAAAAGAAUAUAUCUGUUUCUUCUCAACAGAAUAUAUCUGUUCCUUCUCAAAAAAAUAUAUCUGUUUCUUCUCAAAAAAAUAUAUCUAUUCCUUCUCAAAAAAAUAUAUCUAUUCCUUCUCAAAAAAAUAUAUCUGUUUCUUCUCAAAAAAAUAUAUCUAUUCCUUCUCAAAAAAAUAUAUCUAUUCCUUCUCAAAAAAAUAUAUCUAUUCCUUCUCAAAAAAAUAUAUCUAUUCCCUCACAAAAUAAUAUAUCUAUUCCCUCACAAAAUAAUGCCCCUACAAACACACUUAUAACAUCUCAAAAUAAUAAAGUGACAAAAAUUAUUAAAUCAAUUAAUGAGAAAGAACAGAAUAAAGGAAAUGAUAGAAAGACAAAAUAUAACGAUAAUAAUAAUACUAAAAAUUUAACUUGUAGUUCAAAAAUAUUAAGAAAAGAUUUGAACAAACAAAAAAGUAACACAGAGGUAUCUAAAAAGAAUACACUAAAUAUAUGUUCAUUUGCUACUAAUACUAUUAAAGAAACCACUCUCAUUAGUGAUAAAAAAAAAAAAAAAAAUCCAUAUGAAACAUCUUUAGAAACUAAAUUAAAUAUUUUGAAUAAGAGAGUUAGAUGCUUGACAUCAUUCGAACAUUCUAAAGAUGGUUCAACAAACAUACGAAAUAAUCAAACUGCUGGAAAAUUUAAGGAGUUGUUAUUAUCUCAUGAAUCUAUUACAAAAAAUAAUAAGAUAACAAAUGGUGGCAAUCUUUUGAAUAAUAAUAUAUCAUGUGAUAAUAUGAAUAGCAACAAUAUAAGUCCUGAACAUAAUUCAUGUGAUUAUAAUAAAAAUAAUGUUCUCUUAUUAUUAACGAGAGAUUUUAGGAUUAAAGAUAACUGGGCCCUCAUAUAUGCAUAUGAACAAGCCAAAAAAAAAAAAACUAAUUUAUAUGCAUGUACCUAUUUAAAUAGAAAAGAAGAAUUUCCUAAAAGACAUAUAGAUAUCAAAUUAAAAGUUUUAAAAAAUUUAGAAGAAAACAUGAAAAAACAAUUGAAUAUACCAUUUUAUGUAUUAGCAAUUUAUAUGAUAGAUGAAUUUAUGGAAUUUCUAAGAAUUCAUGAAAUAAAAACUAUUAUUUGUGAUUUUAAUCCCUUAAAUGAGACUAAAACAUUUAUACAAAAUUUAGUAGAAUUAUCAAAUAAAAAAAAAAUAAAAAUAAUUCAAGUGGAUUCACAUAAUAUUGUUCCCAUGUGGAUAACAUCUAAUAUAGAAGAAAAUUCUUCAAGAACUAUAAAACCAAAAAUACAAACACAUCUUUCAACUUUUCUUAUUGAAUUUAUACAAUUAGAAAUGUUUGAUCAAACUAUCAAAUAUCCUGAACCAUUUUCUAUAUCUGAAGUUUUUAAUAAACUCACAGUAUAUAUUCCUUGUCCUGUCUUAUUGAACUUUGUAUGUACUGAGGAAAAGGCUCAUGAAACAUUACAAAAUUUCUGUUCAUACAAAUUGGAAAAAUAUAACUUGAAGAAAAAUGAUCCCAACAGUGAAAUGACUAAUCUGUUGACACCUUAUAUUAACUUUGGAAUUAUCUCAUCUCAAAGGUGUGUUUUGGAAGUCAACAAGUACGCACACAACUUCCCUUCCAUUAACACCAUCCGUGGAAAAGAAACAUUCAACGAAGAAAUUGUAAUGAAAAAAGAGCUAGCUGACAAUUUCUGUUAUUACAAUAAAAAUUAUGACAAUUUUAAUGGAGGAAAAGACUGGGCAAAAGAUUCUUUAAAAAAACACGAUGCAGAUAAAAGAGAAUAUUUAUAUGAUUAUGAAGAUUUCAAAAAUGCUAAGACACAUGAAGAUUUAUGGAAUUGUGCUCAAUUGCAAUUAAUUAAUGAAGGUAUAAUUCAUGAAUUUUUGAGAAUGUAUUGGUGCAAACAAAUUCUGAACUGGUCAGGUAAUUCGAAAACAGCUUUAAAAUAUGCCAUGAAAUUAAAUGAUGAUUUUUCUAUUGAUGCAAAAAGUCCAUAUGGAUAUGUUUCAAUAAUGUCCUCAAUUAUGGCAGUACAUGAUCAAAGUUGGAAUGAACGAAAUAUAUUCGGAAAAAUUAGAUAUAUGAAUUAUAAUAGUUGUAAGAGACAUUUUGAUAUUAACUAUUACAUGCAAAAAUAUCCAAGAGGAAAAGAAAACGCCUUAAUUGUUCAGAAAAUACCAACCAUAACAUUUUCCAAUUAUAUAAGAAAAAGAAAAAAUGAUAAUUUAACUUUACCACAAUGCAGAAAAGAAAAACGUGAAAAGAAAUAA